GCCUCAACAACAACUCUACAGCAAUGGCCUUACGCGGUAUCCGCGUUUAUGGUUCUUCCUCUUCUACCCAAAAUUCAAGCGAAUAUUCUGUUUUGUUGGAAGCUACUUUAAAUGAAAAAUAUAUUUUGUGUCAAUCUGGGGGAAUGGAUGAAGUAAGUAGAGAAUUGGCUAAUUUAUUAAAAUCUGGGGGAAGUUAUCAAAUGAUUUUGGAUGGGUUUGCUUCUCUUGGAAUUUUGCAGUUGGGAGGAGGAGAUGAUUAUCUUGUAUUAAUAACUGGUGUACUUUCUGUUGGGCAAAUUUAUACUUCUGACAUUUUUAAAAUUUCCAACGUUAAAUUUGUUUCACUUAUUCGAAAAGAAUCUGAGCCGUCUGAUCAGAGAAUUAUAGAGCUUCAAAGGUUUCUCUCUUCUGGAAACUUUUAUUUUUCAAAUUCAACGGUUCGGGAUAAAACGUUCGAUUUAACUGUGUCAGCUCAAAGAAAACAGACGAGUGAGCAAAUGGAAGAUGAUUUUCGGUUUUUCUGGAACAGAAAUUUGUCAUUUCCAUUGGAAAGAUUUGGAAUAGACCCAACCGAUUGGAUUGUUCGUUGUUUAUGCGGUUCUGUUUUAAUUAGAACAAUUUAUUUGGGACAUAGAACUGCAAAGAUUAUGCUUAUAUCGAGACUAAGUUUUGAACAUGUCGGAACUCGUUUUAAUGUUAGAGGAAUUAAUGAUGAUGGAAACGUUGCCAAUUUUGUGGAAACAGAACAGAUUGUUACUUUUGAUAAACAAGAAUGUUCGUUUCUUCAAAUUAGAGGAUCGAUUCCCCUAUUUUGGGAACAACCAGGAAUUAAUGUGGGUGCACACACUGUGAAAAUGAAGCCUUUGGAACUUUCAUUGGUUGCGCUAGAAAAGUAUUUUUUGAAUUUAUUUAUUGUGAAAGGGGUCCUCAAAAUUUUUUUAUUGGGUACUUUUAAAUUGCCAAAAAAAUUCAAACAGAUUUCAAAAUCAUUUUUGGAGUUUUUUUGUCUUUUUUUCAUGCCCGAAUUUUUCUUUACACUCCCUUUGCUUUUUAAUUUUCGGGUAUCCAUAUCUCGGUCCACCGACAUUUCCUCUCCAUCUCUUCUGUCCAAUCUUACAAGGGGAACUGAUUCCUGUGCAUUUUUUCUUUUGAAUGAUACCAAGGAAAGGGGACAUUUUAUCCAAUUAAAACGUGUUUAUGGCAAAAUUUUGGUUGUUAAUUUGCUUGGAUCAAAGAAGGGUGAAUUUGCAUUGUCGACAGCAUUUCAAUCAGCAUUAAAAUCUUCUUCCCAUUUUGAUGUAAAAAUUGUUUCAUUUGAUUACCAUGCAGAGGUUAAACAAUCUAAAGAAAAUUUGAGAUUUUUGGUUAAACAAAUAAGUUCUUUUUUUGAUGAAAAUGAUUUCUUUUAUUUGGAUGAUGGAAUUGUUUUGAGAAGACAACACGGAGUAAUUAGGACCAAUUGUCUUGAUAAUCUUGACAGGACAAAUAGUGUACAGACGUUAAUCGGAAUCAGAGCACUUUUCAAUCAAUUAACUUGCCUUGGUGUAGAAAAAUUUAAAUCUAAUAUAAUUUUGAGAUGUGAAGAAUUAGUUAGGGAUAUGUGGCAAAAGAAUGGGGAUCAAUGCAGUUUAAUUUAUGCUGGAACGGGGGCUUUGGAAGGAAAAUCGAAGUUGAGAGAUGCAAGUCGUUCAAUAGUUCGAACAAUUCAAAAUAAUUUGAUGGAUUCUUCAAAACAAGAAGCUUUUGAUUUGAUUUUGUAUGGACAUUUACUUGCUGAUUCUAAUUUUGUUAAAAUUUCACAAAUUUUUCCUUCUUCGUUAUUGAAAGAAUGCCCAAAUUUGGAAGCUUUUGUUGAAAGAGAAAAAGAAUUUUGUGUUCAAGUACCUUUAAAAAUUUUUUGUGGAACUUGGAAUGUUAAUGGAGGGAAGAAUUUGAAUAAUGUUGCUUUUAAAGGGGGAAAUUUGCUAAAUUCCUGGAUUUUUCCUGAAAAUUUGUUUAAUAAAGACGCCUUAAAUUAUGAUUUAAUAGCAAUUGGUUUUGAAGAAAUUGUUGAUUUAAAUACAAAUAAUUUGGUUAAAGCAAGCACUACAAAUCAAAGAAUAUGGCGGGAUGGAUUGAAACAAACUAUUGAAAUUUGGCAAAAAAAUAAUUUUGGACAAAAUGCUGAAAAUUUUGUUGUUUUGUGUUGUGAACAAUUGGUGGGUGUCUGUUUAAUCCUUUUUGCUCGUUCCUCCCUUUUAAAUUCAAUAAAAGAUUUGGCUAUAGAAGAAAUUAAAACUGGAAUGGGGGGAACAACAGGAAAUAAAGGCUCUAUAGCUGUCCGUUUAACAAUAAAUUCAACUGGAAUUUGUUUUGCUUGUUCCCAUUUUGCUGCUGGACAAAAUGAAAUUGCUGCAAGAAAUGCUGAUUUUCAUUCGGCUUUGAAAAGAUUAAAAUUUCCUAUGGGUCGAGGCUUACAAGAUCACGAUGUUGUUUUUUGGUUGGGUGAUUUUAAUUAUCGAAUAUCUCUUUCGGGUAAAUUUAAAAGAAAUUUUUUGAAGGGUUUUUAA